CGCGUUUCUGAGCUGUUUAUUCGACGUUUACCCAUAUCCCCUGUCUUCUCUUCACAUUGUGUGUUGCACAAAAUGGUCAUCGAGGCCAAAAAGACCGCGGAGAUGGAGCCAACGUCGAGCCGGCGACACCCGCUGCAGCGCUUCGACGCCCCAUCCAAGGGCUUUUCAGGUGCUCUACACGCUAUUGGCCUGGCAAGCUUCUAUAUGUCGUUUAAAUUUCUGGCCGACAACCCAAAUGUCUUUAAUUCUUCUUUUGGCUGGCACCUCCAAUUCCUUACUAUAAUCGGCCUCUCCAUCUCUACCCUAACCUUCAUCGUCGCCCUCUUGGCAGAUCUAACCUCCACAGCGUUGGAGAAGUCUUCCCAGCUGCCUUCGGACCCUCCGGCUCAAGCCCUCUCCGAGCACCUGUUUAGGUUGAAGAACUACCUAGCUCUUGUGGCUGCGCCAAUGGAAAUUACCAUUUCCGUGCUCUACUGGACGCUGAAGGCCAUUGAUGGAAAAUUGCUCGUGGACCCAGAAAUACCACUGCCACCUCUUUUCUACGAUUUUGGAUUCCAUCUCGUACCCGCCGUGGUUCUUAGCCUCGACUCCGUCUUACUCUCCCCUCCUUGGCCCACCACGCCCAUGAACGAGUCCGCACCCAUGAUUACCCUUGCCAUGUCCACCAUUGUCGCCUUUGCCUACUGGAUCUGGAUUGAAAUCUGCUACUCUCAAAACGGCUUCUACCCAUACCCAAUCUUCGAGCUCCUGACUACCAACCAGCGCAUUGGCUUGUUUGUCGUAAGCGGAGUCAUCAUGUGGGUUGUGGGUGGGGUUCUGAGAAUCAUAUAUGCCAAAGUCAAUGGAUAUGAGAGCGUUGAGCAUUUGGACAAGGUGAGGAGGAACAGGGUCAUGGGCGGAAGUGGAAAGUGGGAGUAGGAAUAAGCAGAAAUGUGGAAUGUGAGAUAUAGUACGCGACUGGAGGAAGAGAUGGAGUAGCUAGAAUGCAUGCAUGGGGGAAGGGAAUGGUACCAGGAAGAUAGGCAAGUCAUGGAAGUGGAGAUAAAGAGUGAAGAUAAAAACACAAACCAAAAGUAGUUGGCCAUAUUAGAGUAGAAUAUAC